CCCACUUCCACCCAUCCAGUACAAGCAUAACCGGUGCUGGCAGGCGAAGAUACUUCCACAUCUAGAACCUCUCGACAGGCACUAUCCAAAAGGCAACCCGGAUAUAUGGCCACGCGGAGAUGCAGAGGUCAAUGGAGACCUUUCGUAUCUUCCCAGACGGACAAUUCAUGGCUCUCGACGCCAGCCGCGGAUUUGUCAAUAUCCUAACCACGACGACAUACCAGUGGGUCUGGGCCACAACGAUCGAAGGUCGGGUUGCGAACAUAUCCUAGUGUGGUGACGUCGCGAUCUAACAAUAGGGAAUAAAGCGGGCGGGAUAUGGGAAUUCGACGUGCUCUUGGAAAAAGCAGUGACGCCCUGGAAAGACGAGGGAGGACAGGCAAGCACGGUUCUCAAGAGCGCUGGGACCAGGUGGAUCGCCAUAGGUAGCCAGAGCCGGAUCGUAAAUGUAUAUGAUCGC